ACACCUAUGGUUGUGGCUCUUAGCCUACAACUGUCUUUGCUGACCGUGUAAAUGACAAACCCACAACUGUGGACUGUUCCUUAAGUGCCUAAUACCUCAUUGUUUCUGCAGGAAAAGGGCUGAAGGUUAUUUUGGAGAAAUGAGUAAAAUGACCACUGAAAACUGAUUUAUACAGGCUUCACGGAGGAGGUUCGACAGCCCUUUAGACUAUUUAAAUUUACACGGAAAACAAGGCUUUUAAAAAGGGGCGUUACAACUGGAUUGAGAGUGCGUUGAUAUUAAUCCUGCUCAUGACGCAAAUUCAACACUACAGCAGUGACACUAAAUGCAUUUCACAACAUUGUAUCUGUUUCAAUAUUGUCCUGUUUUCCACUUCGCUUAACCUUUUAUUAUCCAGGGAUUUGUUGGAGUGGCUUUGUUGCUUGGAUACUUGCUGCUGUUCAGCACGUUUAUUCGUUCUUUCAUCCAUUGUGGUUUGCUAGAGGUACUUGUCGAGGUGUUAAAUGUUGCUGAGUAAACGCUGAAGCUGAGAAAACAGGGUGUCUCAAGUUCCCGGCACAUCUUCAAUUUACUCGGCAAGCAAGUGGAAAACUGUAAAACUCAGAUAAAGGCACACCAAACUUUAUGGGUGAAGAAGAAUUCAGAAGAUUCAGAGAACCUUGAACUUAAGCACAAGGUAAAGUGCUCGUUUGAAUAUACCAGCGAAGAGUGUAAAAUGGCAACAGAAGAUGAAUUUACAAAGGAGGUGUGCCUUGAGACCGAUAUGCAGGAUGGAGAGAUGCGGGAAGUUGAGAUGAACGAGCAGAAGGUGCUGUUGGUUAAGAUAAAUGGCAGUUUUAGUGCCGUGGGUAGUAAGUGCACUCAUUAUGGAGCACCACUUAUUAAAGGUGCUCUGAUUGGUCAUAGGGUGCGCUGUCCCUGGCAUGGUGCCUGCUUUAAUGUCAAAACUGGAGACAUAGAAGACUAUCCUGGGCUGGACAGCCUACCUUGUUUCAAGGUUAAAGUGGAGAAUGGUAAAGUUCUAGUGACUGCAAACAAACUGGCAUUAGAAAAUUCUAAGAGAGUAAAAACCAUGACACCUCGUGACCCUCAUUGCUCCAGUACAGUCUUGAUUUUAGGGGGAGGUCCAGCUGGGCUAGUCUGUGCCGAGACUCUACGCCAAGAAGGUUAUCUGGGUAAAAUUAUCCUUGCAACUAAAGAGGAUAACCUGCCAUAUGACAGAACUAAACUAAGUAAGGCAAUGAAUAUGAAGACUGAAAGCAUUUUAUUGCGACCAGGUGAUUUUUUUGCUGCUCAUGAUAUUGAAGUAUGGACAGACAAGGAGGCAGUAGCUGUGAACACAUCCAAAAAGAUGGUGAAAUUUAAAGAUGGGAGUGUGCAGCAGUAUGACCAGUUGCUCAUUGCAACAGGCAGCAGACCUAAUAAACUGAAGUGUUCUGGUGCAGACCUAGAAAAUGUACUUCUCCGCACACCUGAUGAUGCCAACAAGAUCCAUGAACUUUCAUCCAAGAAGAAUGUCCUGAUACUUGGUUCUUCAUUUAUAGGUAUGGAGGUGGCAGCAUAUUUGUCAGAUAAAGCCGCAUCUGUCUGCGUGGUUGGCAGCUCCAAGGUUCCUUUCCAGGCAGUUCUCGGAUCUGACAUUGGGUCAACAGUUAUGAAGAUGUUAGAAGAGCAUGGAGUCAAGUUUUACAUGGAGAACACCAUAAAGGAACUAAAAGGACAGAAUGGAAAGGUGAAAGAAGCUAUACUGAAAAGUGGGACUGUGCUGCCAGUUGAUGUAGUUUUGACUGGCAUAGGUGUUGCACCUGAAUCUGCUUUUCUGUCUGGCAGUGGGAUCCAUCUGGACAGUAAAGGGUUUAUCAUUGUAGAUAAGCAUAUGCAAACCAACAUCCAAGGAGUCUUUGCAGCAGGAGAUGUUGCAUCCUUUCCCCUCCCUCUGAUGAACAGUAAGAGAGUUAGCAUUGGACACUGGCAGUUAGCGCUUGCCCAAGGUCGCAGUGCUGCCUUAAACAUGCUGAAGAGGAAAGAAGUGUUCAAUUCUGUGCCUUUCUUUUGGACUUCUUUGCUAGGAAAAAGCAUUCGUUAUGCAGGUUAUGGAGAAGGAUUUACAGAAAUAAUCAUGAAAGGAAAUCCAAAGGAAAUGAAAUUUUUAGCCUUCUACAUCAGGGAAGAAAAUGUUGUUGCAGUAUCCAGCAUGAAUUUUGAUCCUGCAGUUGCUCGAAUAGCAGAGAUCCUAGCCUCAGGAAAACAAAUUUCUAAGGCAGAAGCUCAAUCCAGUGAAGAAGACAAGUGGUUAAAACAUUUCUGAGUGUUGGAUUAUCUUUUUCCUUUGUUCUAAUCUGUGGUUAAAGAAUUACAUAGAUUAAAGUAGAUUAGUUAACAUGUUUUAUGUAACAUGAAUUCAGUACCUGGAAAGAUUUAGGGAAUUUAGUUGGUGUCCUUUAACAGACUUUCCUCUGAUAAAACGGACAGCAUUUAAGUCUAAAAGAAUGACCGCUUGAUAGGGGUUUGCUCCCAUCACCAUGGGGGUUGCAUUCUACCACUUCAGUAAUAUUCGUAGGUGCUGAUCUCGUUUUAUAAUGUUACAUUGCCUGCCAAAAGACAGCAGUGGUAUUCAACUCCACAGCCUCAGGGCAGCUUGAAUAUGAAUUUCUCGUGAUACUGCUAUAGAUCUGCAACAGCUUAUUCUUGAUUUUGUGUCAGCAUCUCUUAAGUGACUUGCAAAAAUAAAUACUGUGUUGUACCAGAAAUACUUAACAAAAGUGGAAAUGUUAUAUCAAGGAUGAGGUGAGAUAGAAGUGUGUACAACGCUUCUAUUCCAGACUCUCCACAACAGCACUACUUAAUUCUUAACAAGGAGAAGCUAAGCAUCCUUUGACAUUUGUUGAAAAGGAAUGGAAAAUGGGAGUGUUCAGUUACACCUCUGAAAUGUGGAAGGGGCCAGUCACCAAAGUAUGCAUCAGAUUUAAAUCUGUCGUAGUUGUCCACUGUAACAUUGGACUAUUCUCUGCAAAAUGCAGUUACCACAGAGUAGAUUAUUUUGACUUGGGGCUACAGGACUAAACUUGUCUUCUUGGGAAAUGGUUGAAUCUCAGCCCUCACAUAAGAAUUUGUUUUCUGGUGUUUUGUUUGCAAAUGCUGGUUUAUACUUUUUCAUAUAAAAUGGCAUUCUUGCUGAUAUCUUUUAAGGAAAUAGCCAAUGUUCAUGAGAAAUUAAAAGUGAGGCACCUAUUUGAAGAAUAAAUUCAAAAUACAACCAAUACGUGAAUUGAGGCAGUGCUUAUAAUACAAAGAUGGAAAUACCCUCUGUUAGAAUUACAGAAAUUAAACAACUCUAACAAAGACCAUGCGUAUACAAACAAGACAGGAAACCAUUAGAACCACCAUCACAUUUCUUUGCUGUACAUACAUUAAAAUGGAAAAAAAGAGCAAAUGCAAUACUUUUCUACCAAUAAGAUCAGUACCAUUAAGCAUUCUUGCUGAUAUCUUUUAAGGAAAUAGCCAGUGUUCAUGAGAAAUUAAAAGUGAGGCACCUAUUUGAAGAAUAAAUUCAAAAUACAACCAAUACGUGAAUUGAGGCAGUGCUUAUAAUACAAAGAUGGAAAUACCCUCUGUUAGAAUUACAGAAAUUAAACAACUCUAACAAAGACCAUGCGUAUACAAACAAGACAGGAAACCAUUAGAACCACCAUCACAUUUCUUUGCUGUACAUACAUUAAAAUGGAAAAAAAGAGCAAAUGCAAUACUUUUCUACCAAUAAGAUCAGUACCAUUAAGUAUAUACUGUGCAAUCCUCUUGCAUGAUGCUCUCACAGUGUUUAGCUGUCCAUCCUUUUAUUUAGUUUACAGUGCAGAACCUCAUGGUAGUGUAUUCAGUGGGACAAUUAAUUUGUCAUGUUAUCAUACAUCUUUGCAUAAGUAUUUUCUAGAUCAUUGUCUUUAACAACAAGAAAAAAAUGUGAUAUAUCCUUGAAUACUGCACACUCUGGUCUAAUAAAUUCCAUUUGCUAAUAACAUGUUCACCCUUUCCUGCUUUCAGUAACUACUACUUGUCUGAAUUCCAGCAUAAUUUUUACUACCUCAGUAAUACGAGGCUGUGAUUUUGAUUUCCAUUUCUUUGUAAUGGUUUUUCUUAGCUAACAACAAAUACAAACAGAUAACAAUUUUAUAGGUCUAGAAAUCUUCAACUCCACAUCCAGUGAAUGAAGGAACAUCAUAAUUGAGCUCUCAAGAUUUAUAUCGCCAGGUCAUUUAUAAUACCGCAAAAUGUUCCCUUAAAUUUUCCUAGUUUGAACGGUCCAAAAAGACGUGUCACCAAUUUUCACGUCAUAUAUAAGUCUAAAUCAUUGCAUUCUGUCUGCUUCCAUUUGUUUUGUAAAGUAUGUGACAUCUAAUAUUCAUUAUUUCACUGAUUUGUUAGGAUCUGUGGACAGUGGUCUAUUAGAAAGCAAAUCCAGCAAUAUUUUCUAAAGACAUCCCAAUGCAAUAUAAUGUUGUUAUUCAUUAUUAGUUUUACCCAAAAUGUUCUUUGCCUUUUUAAACAGGUGGUGUCAUGUUACCUUUUGUGCAGCACAGUUGGGUCAGAUGAUAAAAGGAUGUAAUACUGGGACAAAAGCCUAGGUGAAAAGGGAUGUCAUAUUACUUGUGCAGUCCUACUGGGUGGAGGCUAAAAGGAUAGUUGUGAAGUAGAAGUGUAGGUAAAAAGGUUGUGUUGUGUCACUGUAUGUGUAAGACAGCUGGGUCACAUGGUAAAAAGGGCAUGGUAGUGGGAGCCUAGGUAAAAGGGGAGUGUUGUUACUUCAUGUUCAACACAUCUGUGCCACAUGAUAAAAGGACAUUGUUGUGGUGUAGGGGCCCAGGUAAAGAGAAUGCCAUGUUAUUUUAUGUGCAGUACAUCCAGUGACCCAGGAUAAGGAGACAGUUGUGAUGUCUAACACUUGAGAAUCUGCAGAGGGUAGAAACAUUGUUUACUGAGCUAUUCUUAAAGAGAUGAAGGAUGUGUCAUGUUUUAGAUGAUUGCCUGAAAUAUGUACAGAUAUUUUGUGAUGCAUUUCUUUUUAAUUUUCAAAUGCAACUUGUCACCAGAAAACUGUACAGUUCUUUUAAAAGCUAAAUGUGAAUCUCUGUACAUAUGUAUGCAACACUCUAUAGAGGUCUGUAUUUCAUUCCAUUUCUUGUCCUGUAAUUAGUUUGAGAGCAAGUCACUUAAUUUCUUUUUUUUCUGUAUGCUGAUUGGAGUACUGCAAGAACAAGAGCAGGUGGAUUGUAUUGGAGUCAGACAAUCCCAUUUUCCAUUUCAGCACACACAGAUAAAAUGCAGGGUGACACAUUUGAGUAUGCAAAAUUAGUAGACGUAACAAAGAAAUGUUAUUUAAUUCACUUGCAAUUAAAUGAGAAACUGGAAGUAUACCA